AGGAUCCUUCAAGUCAAAAGCCUGGCAGAAAGAAAACAGUAUCAUUCAGUAGCAUGCCAUCAGAGAAGAAAAUAAGCAGUGCCAGUGACUGUAUUAGCUUCAUGCAAGGGGGUUGUGAACUGAAGAAGGUCCGCCCAAAUUCCCGCAUCUAUAGUCGUUUCUUCACACUUGAUACUGAUUUGCAGGCUUUACGCUGGGAGCCAUCUAAAAAAGACCCCGAAAAGGCUAAGUUGGAUAUCUGUGCCAUCAAAGAAAUACGGCUUGGCAAGAACACAGAAACAUUCAGGAAUAAUGGGCUAGCUGACCAAAUUUGUGAGGACAGUGCUUUUUCAAUAAUCCAUGGAGAGAACUAUGAAUCAUUGGAUUUAGUGGCUAAUUCGGCUGAUGUGGCCAACAUUUGGGUUUCAGGUCUCAGAUAUUUGGUCUCUCACAGUAAGCAGCCACUGGACUUGGUAGAAGGUGGCCAGAACACCCCAAGGUUUACAUGGCUAAAGUCUGUCUUUGAGGCUGCUGAUGUUGAUGGAAAUGGAAUUAUGUUAGAAGAUACAGCAGUUGAGCUGAUUAAACAACUGUCCCCUGCUAUCAAGGAAGCAAAAGUUAGAUUAAAGUUUAAGGAAAUCCAAAAGAGCAAAGAAAAGCUUACCACCAGAGUGACCAAAGAAGAAUUCUGUGAAGCUUUUAGUGAGCUUUGCACAAGGCCAGAAGUGUAUUUUUUACUGGUUCAGAUUUCAAAAAACAAAGAAUAUUUAGAUGCAAAUGAUUUGUUGUUGUUUUUAGAAUCUGAACAAGGUAUGACUCAGGUGACUGAACAAAUGUGUUUGGAUAUCAUACAGAAGUAUGAACUUACUCAGGAAGGUCGAGUAAAGGGGUUCCUCACCAUUGAUGGAUUUACUAAGUAUCUGCUAUCCCCAGAAUGUGAUAUAUUUGAUCCUCUCCACAAAAAGGUUAACCAGGACAUGACACAACCACUAUCACACUACUAUAUCAACUCCUCACACAAUACAUACUUAAUUGAGGACCAAUUUAGAGGUCCAGCAGAUAUAAAUGGCUAUGUGAGAGCUCUAAAAAUGUCAUGUAGAAGCAUUGAACUGGAUGUCAGUGAUGGACCAGACAAUGAGCCCAUCAUCUGCAAUCGCAACAGUAUGACUUCACCACUAGCCUUUCGUAAUGUCAUAGAGGUUGUAAAACAAAUAUGCCUUCAUCUCCUCUGAGUACCCGCUUAUUCUUUGCAUUGGAAACCACUGCUCAGUACAGCAGCAAAAGGUCAUGGUGCAACAUAUGAAGAAGAUCUUUGGAAGCAAACUGUACACUGAAAUGCCUAUGCCAGCAGAGUCCUAUCUUCCAUCUCCUGAAAAGUUAAAGAAGAAAAUUAUUGUAAAAGGCAAAAAGUUGCCUUCAGAUUUUGACCUCUUAGAAGGAGAAGUGACAGAUGAAGAUGAGGAAGCUGAAAUGUCUCGGAGAAUGUCAGAGGACUACUUUGGUGAACAGAGACUGAUCAAGCUUUGUAGAGAGCUGUCUGACUUAGUAUCUAUUUGCAAAUCAGUGCAAUACAAAGAUUUUGAUGUCUCUAUGAAAAGCCAAAGCUAUGGAGAAAUUUGCUCAUUUAGUGAGAGUCAGGCUAGUAGAAUUGCUAAUGAGUAUCCUGAAGACUUUGUAAAUUACAAUAAAAAGUUUUUAUCUAGGGUGUAUCCAAGUCCAAUGCGGAUCGAUUCAAGUAAUAUGAAUCCACAGGAUUUUUGGAACUGCGGUUGUCAGAUUGUUGCUAUGAACUAUCAGACCCCAGGCCCAAUGAUGGAUCUCAAUAUUGGCUGGUUUCUUCAAAAUGGUGGAUGUGGGUAUGUCCUUCGACCAUCUAUUAUGCGAGAUGAAGUAUCUUAUUUCAGUGCAAACACCAAAGGCGUUGUGCCUGGUGUAUCCCCUCAGGUUCUCCACAUCAAAGUCAUCAGUGGACAAAACUUUCCAAAGCCAAAAGGUGCAUGUGCAAAAGGUGAUGUGAUUGACCCAUAUGUAUGCAUUGAAAUUCAUGGCAUUCCAGCAGACUGUGCUGAACAAAGGACUAAAACCAUGCAGCAAAAUGGGGACAACCCAAUUUUUGAUGAGAGUUUUGAAUUCCAGAUAAACCUUCCGGAGUUGGCAAUGGUGCGCUUCAUGGUUCUUGAUGAUGACUACAUUGGAGAUGAAUUUAUUGGUCAGUACACUGUAUCCAUUGAGUGCUUACAGCCAGGAUACAGACAUGUGCCCCUGCGAUCAUUUGUUGGAGACACAAUGGAACAUGCUAAACUGUUUGUUCAUAUUGCAAUUACCAACAGGGGAGGAGGAGGAAAAGCUCAAAAGCGUGGUUUGUCUGCCAGGAUAGGGAAGAAAGCCAGGGAGUACACAAUGCUGAGGAACACUGGUCUUAAAACUGUAGAUGACAUCUUCAAACUUGCUGUUCAUCCACUGCGGGAGGCCACUGAUGUCAAGGAAAACAUGCAGAAUGCAUUGGUUUCCUUAAAGGAACUCUGUGGCCUUCCCACCAGCUCUACCCUCAAGCAGUGCAUGCUUUCCCUAGUAUCACGUCUAGUGAAUAGUGACAACACACCUACAGUAAACCUCACCAUGAAAGAUACGUACCCCAGUUUGGAGCCUAUAGGAACGAUGCCUGAAGUUCAGAAGAAACUGCUCAAUGCCUAUGAAAUGGUUUGUAGAGAUCAUGUAUGAUUUAUCUUUUAUUAUUAAUUUAAAG